UUAAUUAAUUAUGUUAUUACUUUAUGUUCUUAUAAAGUGCAAUACACUAAGAGUGCUAUUUUUACUAUUGAAAAAAACCAAGAAAAAAAACAAACAAAAACAUUACAGACAUUUUUUGUUGUUGGUGUUUUACGUGAGCCGGUAACAGAUUAAUGUCAUUUGCAUUCACUUCAAUAGGGAAAGAUGAUGUGAGACACAAUUCUUUUGAGUUAUGAGCGUGGGAACUGGAAAAUGAAACUUGUAAUCCGACGUCACAGACGCUCUUGCAUUUCAGCGUCAGCGUUGCCCUGGAGAUGGCACUCGCCUAACCUUUACGUGAGCCGCCGGUGCCAGCGCCUUGGGCGGGUCGCGCUCGGCGGGAGGAGCCGGAGCGUGCAUAUAAAAGACGUCGGAGGAUGUAUGCAUUCAUUCAUUCAUCCAUCUUUCGGUUGCCCUCCUCCAUUAUGUGGUGUCCGGCUCUUCUUCUUCAGACCUCGCUGCUCCUCUGCCUCGCCAGGCGAACUCUGCAAGGCGGGGUUAAAGCUCAGGGUGUGUCCUGGAGGAGGAUCAUGCCAGCCAGAGGUGUCGGCAUUGGAACCAAAGGAGUGAACGCUGCCCACGGAGCGCUGGCCAGCAGAUAUGCCAACAAACCACUGAAGGCUGCAAUUGGCCAUUAUCAUGUUCCCAGUCCACUAGGCGGUGGGGGCUACCGACCUCUUGGACGAGGUGUUGCACCCGCACGAUUUCCUGCCUAUGGCACCCACGGACUCUCCGGUGCCAACGUCGGCACGGACUUGCCACUGGGGCUCGCGCCCGCAAACGGCCUGGGCUUGGGCCGCGGAGGCAAACGAGUUUAUGGCGUCGGCCCUCUUCCAGGGUACGCCCCUUACGCCGGCAUGGGCUACCCCGCCGUCCGACCAGGCUACGUUGGAGGUGCAGGGAACAACUAUCUCGGAGGAAACCUGGGCCCGGGGGCUUACGGACCAGCUUUAGGGCAGGGAGGAUACUUGGGUGCAGCUGGGAAACUUGGAGCUCCAGCUGCGCUUGGUCAGGGGGGAUACACAAAAGGUCCUGCGGGGGUAUCAACAGGUUAUGGUAACGGCGCAGGAAGAUACGGGGGUGCUCUGGCGGGCAAUGGCUUGGGUUAUGGGAAUGGUUACGCCGACCCGUAUGGAGCUGCUCUGGGUACCGGAGGCUACGCUGGACAGCCUCAGACCCCGUAUGGGGGCCUCGGCGGCGGUCUGGACCCAGCUGCUGGCAAAUAUGGGGGCGCGUCACCAGUAGCGGCAGCUCAGGUCCCUUACGGUGGCGCUCCGGUGGCUCCCGGCAGACUUGAAGGAGACGGCGGGUACCCUUACGCCGCCCAGCCCGUCGGCCUCAGCGGCGAUGGCAGCAAACGCGGUUCCGCCUAUGGAGCUCCACAAACAGGCUACGUACCGCAGCAGCUAGGCCCAGGUCAGGACGCGUUGGGAGCAAAAGCGGCCAAGUACGGUGCAGGAACCGGACCACUCGCGGGUGGAUACAGAGGUGAGAAUAUAAGGGUCGUUGGAAAAUAAUACAAUAAAAGCCUUAAAGGUUCAGCAUCCACGUUUCCUUUUUUUAAACACGACAUGAAAGGUUUUGUUUGUCUCGUUCCAAAUAGUUUUCAUAGUGUCAUCGUCCUGUUUGUCUGUGUCUUUUUGCCAGGUUGAUGCAAAUGACCUCAUGGCUUUCAAGUGCAUCUUUUCCUUUCGCUGAUUUUUUUUUUUAUUUUAAUUUUAAUUUUUAUUUUUUUUUCUCUCUUUGUAAGUCUUCCUGCGUGUUAUAUUUUUGUAAUCUUCAUGUAACGGACCUUUUGUUAAGCACGCACUCGCUGGUGAACGUGAAAGUGACGCGACAACGAAGCGCGUGAUGUGUUUUAAAAUAAAUAUGGAAGAAGAA